AUGUCCGCCAUCGGGACGCUUGUUUUCUGCAAUGAUUGCGGAAAUUUGCUUGACGGAUCUAUUGGCGAUCCAAAAUCAAUUUUGACAUGCGAUGUUUGCGGCGCGCAAUGCAGAGAUACUUCUUCCAACACUGUCACCACCACUUCUCAGCCUACAGACUUUCCAUCGGCCUUGCGUUCAAAGCGUUCAGCAGUGCAGACUGUGACAGCUGGCGACAUGAAGACUGAGGCAACUAUUCACGAGACCUGCCCUGACUGUGAGACCACUGGUCAAAUGAGAUACUACUCAGUGCAGCUCAGAAGUGCCGAUGAGGGUAGCACCAAUUUUUUCACUUGCACACAUUGCGGUCACAAAUGGAACACGAACAAUUAG